CCAGAGAGCAUUCAUUAGCCCUGGGCACUUAUCUUGGAGCCACAGCUGCUGACAGAGAGUCCUGGCCCUGUACUCUGUCUGCCCUGAGCCUACAGUGCCAUGGGGAACUGUCUGCACCCGAUGGAAACCUCCUUUUCACUAGACAAGAACGAAACUGAGUGGUUUAUGGAUCUUUGGAAUUACUCGUAUGAAGAUAAUGCCUCCUAUGACUUUCCUGAUAACUACAGCAUUGGAGCAGCCGCUCCCUGCCGCUCCUGUAAUCUACUGGACAGUUCUUCAAUGCCUUUCUUCAUCCUCACCAGUGUCCUGGGCAUGCUGGCAAGUGGUGCCGUCCUCUUCGCCAUUCUCAAACCUCUCUUCCACUGGCAGAUCUGCCCCAGCUGGCCUAUUCUGGCACAGUUGGCAGUAGGCAGUGCCCUCUUCAGCAUGGCGGUGCCUGUCCUGGCACCAGGGCUCAACACUGCCCAUAGCACAGGCCUGUGUUACCUGGGCUACUGGGUCUGGUAUACUUCAGCUUUUGCUCAGGCUCUGCUCAUAGGGUGCUAUGCCUGCCUGAACCCCAGACUGAAUAUAGGUCAAAUCCGUGGCCUCACCUUGGGACUCACUGUGGGACUUUGGGGAGCAGCUGGCCUGUUAGGGCUGCCAGUCACCUUGGCCAGUGAUGUUUACAAUGACCUCUGCACCCUUGCAUCCAACAAGGACCUGGAAGCUUUGAAGUCCACACAUUCUGCAAUCUGUUUUACCAUCUUCACCGUGUUCCCACUAGCUCUCUUGGCAGCCAACGGGCUGAAGAAAGCAUUGAGCAAGGAGUCGGGCCCCUGGGUUAGUGUCCUGUGGGUCUGGUUCAUUUUCUGGUGGCCUCAUGGGAUGGUUCUCCUAUUUGAUGCUUUGGUAAGGUCCAAAAUCGUGCUUUUGCAAUCAUGUCCAUCCCAGCAGAUUCUAGAUGUGAUGCUGAACCUGGCAGAAGCCCUGGCUGUGCUGCAUUGUGUGGCUACACCCCUGGUCCUGGCCCUGUUCUGCCACCAGACCACCCGUAGAUCCUUGGCCUCUCUGUCCCUCCCUGCAAGACAGCCUUCUCAUACAGAUGCCUUUGCAGGCAAAUCCUAGUUCCCCCACAUGUCAACCUAAAUUAAAGUCUAUACUGCUUUUAUGAA